AUGUGCAGACGGACACGAGAGCACUCAAAUAUAUCGAAACCGCCAGUCAACACUACCGCUCCUACAGUACCCUUGGGUACCUCUCAAAACCUCACACUCACUUGCCCUGCCCUCUUCACCACCCGGCACACCUCAUCCCCCCAGCUCUGGCCCCUUCCGUCUCCCGCACAAUCCCCACAAUCACCAACGCUUCUUCUGCAUCCAACAGUUCUACCUUGCCUUCGCACUCGCGCAAUGCCUUCCCCGUUUCACGUCGAGGUCUCCUUACCCAUCCCGGCUGACCUUUUCUGGAGCCUCCGCGCCUCACGCCAAUUCACCUCGUACCUGGUCACCGCCGGGGCGUUGAACCGUUUGGAGUCCUCACAGCCCCGUCUCGUCGCCGGCGACCCUAGUCGAUACACUCGCGUCCAGACCUAUGUCCCAGCAACGAUGGAAAUUCCAGAUAUCAUCAAACCAAUAAUCGAUGAAUCCUAUAUCGAGGUGUGUGACACCCAAACCUGGGACGUCGUUGCAGGAGACGAGCUCCGACAAAGCUUCAACAUUAGAACUUCCAUCAUGGCCGACUUGGUCAAGACCUCCGGUUUCCUUUUCAUCAAGGCACCACAACCCCUUAAUACGUCUGCAGAGCAAGCACAUGACACCUGUCAUCACGUCAUCUCGGGAGAGUGCUGUGUCUCUAUCCCCAUCCUCGGUUGGUAUGCAGAGCAAGCCAUCAUUUCAAACAUAAAAAACUUUUACAAGGACUACCCAACAUUUGUUCAAGGCUUUGCUGAUAUGGUCAUGAGGCGGUGGGGCGACAACAAUUCACUAACCCUCCGCGAUGCCAUUGAAAGGAUGUUGGUCGAAGAAAAAGUCGUCGAAUGACCGUCCCACAUUCCUGUGUCCGUUUAUUCAACAUUUUCCGGAAAAGCCCUCCGAGUCAAAACGUUUUGUGCUGAGUCCGUCAUACAGUUCACCGUAGGUCCUUUUGUUAUCGUUGUUUCUCAGUUGAAGGCUUUUUUGGGCCCUGCCGAGAGCCAUGUACAUUUGCCGCUAAACAAAGAAAAUCACUG